GAAUCUAAUUUAACUACAAGAAAGUUAUUUCUCAAAAAGAGUUGGUGUUGUCACUGGGAGUUAAAUGCCAUAUUGAUGGUUUAACUCUACAGUGUUGAUUUCAACUCAAAAGCUAGUGUUACCGCCUGAAGUCUAUCAUUUCCGUUACUUGCCUGCAGUGAGGCGGGAAACCAGACAGCUUUUUUUUCACUCGACUAGAUCGGACUGGACACGCUCGUGAGUGGGAGCAUUCACAAGUAAGUAAAUUUAAACCAGUCACUUAUGUUUAUUUAAUUACAUUUGUAGUGGUGGGCCUAUUUUUUCCGACAGGUAACAUUAAGUUAGCUAAUGCUUAAUAUUCUAGUUAGUUUGAUAGUGCUAGCUAAUCAGUUCACCAUGCAACAGUUAUUACCAUGCUCAAAAGGAUAUAUUAUGUGUACAAUUUCACGUAACGCUCAAUGUAUGGAACAAAUACAGUGAAAAUUUUCUUAUUGGGAAAUCAGAACAACGAGUAAGUUAAAGGGGUCCAUUACCGUUAGUCAAAUUAGAUCGAAGUAACGUUAGCAUUUUUUCAGGAUAAGGAUAUAUGGUGAAAUUAACGUUAGCUGUUUGUAACUUCGUGUUGUAUUUCAAAUAUAAAUUAACAUGUUUAACGUGCUUGGUGUAAGUUAACCUCAUAUGUUGCACCUAAUCAUUUCUACAGCUGGACGAAGGUAGCUUACGGUCAGUAUAAAUAGUUGCAACACGUUUUAUGUGAGGGUUUCAGCUAACGUUAUAGCUAACUUUAACGUUAGCUGAACUAAAUCAGGUGCACAUGUUCGGAAGUGUGUAACGUAAACCUUUCUGGCUUUGGGCGGGUAAAAUGAGCGCGGCGCGGUAGACGCAAAUACGCCUCAUUCGUGCUUCGAGACAGGAACAAAAAUCACCUCUCUUGGAAGAGGAUUAGUGAGGAGACUGUACAGCCUGGUAAGAUGUACAAAUUUCACAUUUGAGUCACGUUAUUGACCUACUAACCAGCUAGAAAGCUGCUGUGCUGCCAUUUUACAAAUAUUUUCCCGCUAAUAUACAUAAAUAUCUUGUAAAAAAGAUGGCCCCCAACGGAUUUCGCCUCCGUCGCGUAAAUUUCGCUUCAAACGUGUUUUUUUUUUUUUUUUGACGCGCGAAUGGAUUCAAAUUAUUUAGACACGGCAGGCGCGAAUUUGACGCGCGUCUGGUGUGACUGUGAACGCACAGUCAUGGAGGUUGGCUCGCUUGUUUCUUUUCCAUGAACAGUUUAUCUGUGCUUGCUGCCCAGGUUUAAAAAGUUUGCACUUGCUGUAUAGCAAGAUGUUGCGUACAGGGCAUUGUGCAAUUUGGAAGAAUUUUGUGUGGAUAUAAGCAUCCACCUUCAUUUUUUAAGAAUACCGUUUAGGCUUCCUUUAUCAUGUUUCAUGUGAACCUUUAUGAUUGUUGAUAUUGCGUCACUAUUUUCUAAUGAUAUCGUGUAAAUAAGUGUACGGGUUUAUUUUUAGGUUAGUCACAUUUCCUAGCGAAAUGUUAUGAAAUGUUUGUAAACGUUAUGUGAACUCUCCUCUCUCUAUUAGCUUUACCUCCUCUGUGUUGGUGCUUGUCAUGGUAACGUGCACAUUUUCUCAUUCAUUACGUUUCUGAAUGUAUUUUUUUUUUCUUUACAGCACAUCAUGUUGGUCAAAGUGAGAUUUGGUGAAACUCAGAAGUAUGUUAAAGUUGCCCAAACUGAAGAGGGCUAUGAAGACUACAAUACAUUUCUUCAGAAAGUCAUAGAAAAGUUAGGUCUUCCAUUGCAGACCGAGCUGCAUGUCACAGAUGAUUCUGGGACAGAAGUGGAUGCGGAUGUGUAUGAGGAGCUUUUAAAAGCAGGGAAUCUUAUCAUUCAUGUGUCCACAGAAAAGUCUACAGAGUUGCUUGUGUCCGACACGUCAUCCUCUGUGGCGUCUGAUUCAUCAGAUGCAACAGUGAUUCAUGAUAGAAACAAUGUAUAUAAAAGAACCCACAUUGAGCGGGAAUCAGCAAAUGAGAUGGUGAGAAACGUUCUCCAUUCUAAGCCGGGGGGAGAAAAAAUCUUGCACGAGUAUGACAAAACAAAGACAUUGACGGAUGCUACACGGCGACAAAUGGUAAACCUCCUGGUUGCAGACAUGAUGGAAGUACAUGGGAGAAUACCACCAACCCAUGUGCGAACAAAAUAUGCUGUUGGCAUCACCACUCUAUUUCCCAACCUUAGUGAUCCAUACUCUGGAAACGGAUAUGAACACUACUAUGAUGCAGAAAGUGGGUCUGGCUACUUGGCCUGGAGGAUAAAGACCGUCCAGCGCAACACUGCAGUUCAAUCUCGGAGAUGCUCCACCAGCACUACGUAUGGUCCAAAGAGCAAGAGGGAUUUUCUCCUGGCUGACAAGCAACUGUUCGGCGAGGAAUGCCGUGAGGCAAUAUCCUUAUUGAAACAUUCAACUGAUGUGUCAGUUGUCAAAGAUAAGAUGAUGGCAACAUUUCAAUACCGCCAGACGCUAGUUCAGGACCAGCAAAACUCUGCAACAGUCUUGGAUGUGUUCCCGCGGUUUCUCGACAUCCCCGGCUUGAUUGACCAAGAUUUUACCAUGAUGUUUGGAGAAGAAGUUUCUGGCAGAUUUUUGGCAAAAUGGCCGACGUACUUCAAACCCAGGCUCCUGGCAGACUGCAAGAACCGGACUUCUAAUGAGCAUGUUGAAGAACUCUUGUCUGCGCAGCAAAACUCAAAUGAGUCUGGCUGGGACAGUGACCUGUCAAGCGUUCUACUGCUGGUUCACCUGCUCCCCCCUACGUCAAAAGGCCACAAGAAGAGUGCUAAGAUUAGCUCAUAUCAAGCUGUCAACCAUGUGGCGCGAUAUCUUAAGAUUGGAGCCAGUGUUGAGGCCUUCCUAGGGAGCUUGGAACCAGGACAGCCCUUCCUCCUCUGUGUGGGUGAACAGAAGAACAACAUUCAGAGGUUCUAUGUCAUCGUUGACCAGAAGGCCAUCCCUUGCAAGGCGCAAACAUCCCUGGCAGCUUUCGAUGAGCUUUUCAAGGCACACUUCAUCUUCAGUGUUAACUACCAUGAAUCCCUCAACAGCUUCUACACAUUCAUCCAAACCACAGUGUUUAACAUCGACUUGGGAAGUACCAAGGAAAGUCCCAGGGUAAAGGAACUCAGAGCAAGGCUGUUUCACACUAAUAUUUGAGCUGAUACACGUCCUUGUUUGCAAAUAUGCUCAUAUGUUUUAU